AAUCAACUAACCGAGCGAGAGACUUGGAAAAGAUACCCUCAGAGAAGUGUGACCAACACAGUUAGUUCUUCGUGACGAGGAGCGGGGGCAUCAUCGGCAUUGGCAGGGCGAGGACGGGACCGGCCAGCAGAGGGCAACGGACGACGACAGCAUGCCAACCAUCCUCUCGUGCGAGACUGGCUUCACGGCGAUCGGACUCCAGGAAGGGGAAGACAAGAUCACGCCGAUACGCGUGCUUUCGACUCUGGUCUCGGUGAGCGUCGUCAGCGCGUGGUGCAGCUGGACCAAGGUCAAGCGGCUCAGCCUUUUCUUCGCGCACUGGCUCAGCGGGUUGGUGUGGGGGCUGUGCUUCGUCGUGGAAGACAUGAUGGUGACCGUCUGCUGGACCGAGAGCGAUCUCAUUGGCUUCAUCAAGGCCGUCAAGUUCAUCGAGUUUGUUUCUUCCAACAUGAUGGCAAUCACCCACCUGGCCAUCUGUGUCAACCUGGCCCUCAUCGUCUCGUCUCACCGGACGCUGACGCGUGUUCAGAGCGUCAGCUCGCCCUGGCUUCUGUCGCUGUUACUGGCCAUCUCCAUAGGCAUUACGUCUGUCACGGUGCCCCUAUGGGAGACGGUGUACGUGAUUGGGACAGGCUUCUGGAUCGUCAACUCCGACCAGGGGAGCUACGAUGCGGUGGUCGUCUCCAUCUUCUUCCUCGAGUUCAUGGUCGGCAUCUGCAUGUUCGUCAUCUUGGCGUGGCUGCUGCUGUUCCGGAUGAAGGAGGUCAAGGAGUGCUGGAGGAUUGACGCACGAAUCCGCUACUACUUCUGCCUGACUCUUCUCGGCACGGCGGUCAAUAUCGGUAUCGGAAUCUGCAGCACCGUUUUCGUCAUCGGCGAUAUGGAUGAGCCGCGCCUCGCGAUCUGGUCCUGGGUCUCCAGAUACAUCCACGUCGCUCUCGACACGUUUGUGCUGUACGGCGUUCUCCGCGAGAAGGACAUGGACGAGCGCGGCGGAAACGCUCGGUCGUCAAACUACAACUGCAACGACAGUGCCAACUCGUCUGGGCUGGUUGUGUCUCGCCGACAUGGCAAGAGCUCGCCUCGGUCUGGCGGCUCCUCCAUCAACACGACCAACCCUACUACCCACGUCUAGAGCAUUGCAUGGCGGGGCUGCAGUUGGAUAACUUGUACACUUUCUCUAGCGGGAAAUGCCUCUAGCCCUAUGUAUCUACCGGUACGAACAGAGUUUGAUGAGUGUGGCACCGCGAGAACAGGCUUGUCCUGGUUUGGUAGGCGGUAAUUCUGAGAGGGGUGCGGGGUCGUGGCGAACGUGUGUGGGUGCGGCUCUCGAAGUGGUGUGUGUUUAUCAGACUUUUUUUUGUUUUCUGCAUGCAUUGUUUUUUUCAUCAGUCACUCGUGCUUGGCCAUCAGCGCUCUUUCUUUUUUCGUGGUUUUCGUUGGCAUACGGUUCUUUACGAUACGUCAUUCUUCUGUUUCUCUUAAGGGGCUUCCGGGAGACCCGGGUAAGUAGAAGCGAGGCCUUAUGUUCCGCAGGUCGAGCUAUGGAACAUGCGUUCAUAUUGGUGACAGUUAUGACGACUGCGUGCGAACAACGUGCGACACGUAAAUAUACUAUUGUAGCAUUGUAGGAGUUUGCCCAAG